AUGGCGAAGGCGCCGCCAGCUCUGCUCUCGGUCGUCCUCCCCCUUCUGCUCCUCCUCUACUCUGGCUCCGCCGCGGCAGAGGAGAAGAGCAUGUGCAAGAUGAACGAGAGGGGGUUCAUGGCAUGCUUGCCGAGCGUGAAAAGCGGGGCCCCGGCGCUGCCGCCGUCGGAAAAGUGCUGCGCCGCGCUGGCCAAGGCGGACCUCCCCUGCCUCUGCAAGUACAAGGACUCGCCGGAGCUGCCGCAGAUGGGCAUCAAGCCCGAUCUCGCCAAGCAGCUGCCCGCCAAGUGCAAACUCAACGCUCCGACUGAAUGCAACUAA